AGCAAGAACAUACUAUACUAGCUGUGUGUGGAAACAUUACACCGUCGUUUAUGUCCAAAAAAAUAUUGUUAUUAUAGAGAGAAGGAACAAUUUAUUGCGUUGAAGUGUUUAGAGAUCAACAACGUGUCAGUAUGGGAUGACAAGCGUAUUUGGCACUUCGCUUGGAACAGCCGGCGCACCAUGUUUUUGGGCAUGGAAUUAUGAUUAUGUGCUUUUGCUUACAAUAAUACCAUAUGUACCGAAAGAAGAGAUGUGUUGUUCAUAGAAUGGCCUCAAUUUGUUUGUGGGAGAAGGUAUGGCUGGUUCUCAUCACCUUCAACAAGACGUUCCGCGAUUCCUGCAUAAACUUCUCUUCAUGUUCUCCCUUGCUGUGGUUUGCGCGUCGCUGUACUUCAUUCUCUCCGGCUGCUGUGAUUUUAUUUUAGUGGAUUCUGCGAAACAUUUGAAGCAAACCUCUCAACUUUUACCGUUGACUGAGCUGUUUCAAAGGAAGAAUGCCUCAUUUGAGAAGAGGGCUACAGAUGUCGGUGCGCGCUCAGCAUCCCCCGUCGGCAGCACAGGUGCGACAGGUGCAGUUGGUGCGCAAUCAGCCAAUGUUGGUAAGGACUGGACCGCAACAAGGAGACUACCCCAAGCAAUCAUCAUAGGGGUGAAAAAGGGCGGAACACGAGCUCUUUUGGAAUUCCUACGACUUCAUCCUGACAUUCGAGCACUUGGCUCUGAACCCCACUUUUUCGACAGACAUUACUCACGUGGGUUGAAUUGGUACAGGAACCUGAUGCCCAAAGCUCUGGAGGGCCAGGUGGUCCUGGAGAAGACACCCAGGUACUUUGUGACGGCGGAUAGCCCCGGCCGGAUCCACGCCAUGUCCCAGGAGGUCAAACUGAUCGUGGUGGUGCGUGACCCUGUGACCCGCGCCAUCUCUGACUACACCCAGAUCAUAUCCAAGACUCCGGGCGUUCCCAGCUUUGAGACCCUGACGUUCCAUAACGGGACGGAGGAGGCGUUGAAGGUGGACUCCCUGUGGAGCCCCAUCUGGAUUGGCCUGUAUGCUCUGCACCUGGAGAGGUGGCUGGCCCACUUCCCCUUGGAGCAGAUCCACUUUGUCCAUGGGGAGAGGCUGGUGAGCGACCCUGCAGGAGAGCUGGGCAGAGUCCAAGACUUUCUGGGACUUCAGAGGAUCAUCACAGACAAACACUUCUACUUCAACAAGACAAAGGGUUUCCCCUGCCUGAAGAAGCCAGAGGGCAGCAGCAAGCCCCACUGCCUGGGCAGAACCAAGGGCAGGCCACAUGCUGACAUCCACCCUCAGGUCAUCCUCAGGUUACGUCAGUUCUACCAGCCACACAACCUGCGCUUCUACCAGAUGACAGGGCAGGACUUUGGCUGGUAGGAUGGGAGCCUACAAUGAGGUGGAAAAUAGAUGGUACCAUUGUUACCAUUCAAAACACAGGCUGCAUGAAGAGGAUGCAGGACAAAGCUUGAAUUGGUGUAUUUUGUGACGGUCCUGAUGUCAUCUGGAGUAACUCAAGUCCUCAUGAAACCUGUAUUGGCAAACAAAUCAAAACAGACAC